GUUGUGUAGCUUGAUUUAAUAUGCAAUAGAAAAGCAGAUUAUCACUUGUAGAUUUACACUUCCCCUCAAAAGCCCAUUCAUUAUUCCCCUCUUCCUCAUGGUUACUUUCUGUUUGUUAAAUUUCUAACAGUUGCAUCUUGUCAAGAAUCAUAACCUUCUGCACCAUCCCUUCAACAAUGUCAGAAGAAAAUACCAGUAUCUAUUCUUCAUCUCCACCAACAUCAACGUCUUCCACCACCAACGCCGCCGCGGCCCCUAGCAAGUCUAAAGCUCAAGACCCAGAAGAUAGAACACCAAAAAGAGCAAGGGAUAGCAAGCACCCUGUGUAUAGAGGUGUUAGGAUGAGAAGCUGGGGCAAAUGGGUGUCAGAAAUACGUGAACCCCGCAAGAAAUCACGUAUUUGGCUUGGAACAUUCCAUACGGCGGAAAUGGGGGCACGCGCUCAUGAUGUCGCUGCCUUGAGUAUUAAAGGUAACGCGGCGAUUCUAAAUUUCCCAGAACUCGUUGACUUACUUCCCCGUCCAGUGUCAUUAAUGCCGCGAGAUAUUCAGGCAGCCGCUGCUAAAGCUGCUUCCAUGGUUGAGUUUAACUCACUACCUUCUUCUUCUUCUUCUUCUGUAAUAUCGGAGUCAUCAUCCUCGGUGUCGGUGUUUGAGGAUGUGUCGGAAUCCGAGGAAUUAAGCGAAAUCGUGGAGUUGCCAAAUAUAGAAGGAAGUUUUGACUUGGCCGAACCGCAAACCGAGUUUAUACUAUUUGACUCGGUGGAUGGCUGGGUUUAUCCUGCCGAGAUGAUGAGUGGAGAGUUCUCUGACCAGUUGCUGGAAUUGGAGAAUCCGGUUUCCAACAACUUUGGAGCUUCAGUUUGGAAUUAGAGGUUAAAAUUGGUAUUUCAAAUAUAUACACACUUAUAUUUUUAUGGC